ACUCUUUCUAAGCCCUCUUUUGUCCCUUCCCUUUUUAUGAUCAUUUUGAGUCCUUCUCUCACAGAUUUUCCCUCUGAUUUCACUCCAUGUGCCACUCUCACUCUUUCUUUCUUUCUUUCUUUCUUUCUUUCCUUCUUUCCUUCUUUCCUUCUUUCUUUAUUUCUCUAUAUUAAUUAAUUUCAUGCACACACACCCUCACACUCACUCAUCUCAUUAAUUAAUAAUUUUCUCAAUACCCCUUAACUUGUCCAUAUUCUCACCAAUGGAACAUCCUGCCAAACAACAACAACAAGAACAAGGAAUUAAUGAUCAAGGUGGUGAAGGUGGUGGUGGAAGCAAUGGAAAAGGUGGGUUUUUGUGUAGGCAAAGUAGCAGUCGAUGGACUCCAACAACUGACCAAAUACGAAUAUUGAAAGAGCUUUAUUAUAACAAUGGUGUUCGCUCCCCAAGCGCUGAUCAAAUUCAGAGGAUCUCUGCUAGGCUUAGACAGUACGGUAAAAUCGAAGGCAAAAACGUUUUUUAUUGGUUUCAAAACCAUAAGGCUCGUGAAAGACAGAAGAAAAGAUUCACUUCAAAUUCCACUUCUCCUAUUACUACCUCCAAUACUACUACAACUACUACUGAUUUUAAAAUUUCUUCAACUAAUAAUAAUAUUAACUGGAAGUCUGAAGAUCAUUCCUCCUCUUCUCAUAACAAAUUUCCUCCAGCUCCUUCUUCUUCGGUUAUGGUCGCCGUUGGCCAUAUGGGAAAUUACGGAUAUGGGUCUGCCACUUUUGAGAACAGUUUUAGAGAGUGUUCAAUAUCGUCCGGAGGAAAUAGCAGUGUCGUCGGGUACCGGAGCCACAACAUGGGAUCAUGGAUCGGUAUCGAUCCGUAUUCUUCUCCGGCAGCUGCCGCGGCGGGGGGAUCAGCCAAUGUGUUUGAAAAAACAAAAUAUGUUGAAGAAUCCAUGGAAGAUCACGAGGAGCAAGAGAUCGAAACUCUCCCCCUUUUCCCCAUCCAUGGUGACCGGAAUAAUCUCGGUGGUUUCUGCAGCAUGAAGCCGGAAUAUUCAGAGAGCUACUACACCACCACUUGGUACGGGCGGUCUGACGAUAAUGGAGCCGCCGGUUCUCGGGCUUCGCUGGAACUCAGCCUCAACUCUUACGCCACCAUCUCACCUGAUGAUGGAAUGUGAUUUCAUGAAAACCCCCAGAAAGUAAUUUUAAAUUAAUUGUUUAUGAAGUUUAAUUAUCCAAUUAUGGGUUUGUUUGAAAAAAACUUAGAGAUUUCUAAUUAAUUAGGUGCUGAAAACUGAUAUUAAGAAUUAAUAUCUUUGUUUCCUCGAACUUAGUGUUUGUAUUUACUAAAAUUCCCAACUAAUUUCUCUUUCCCUCC